AUCCGCCUUCUCAUUAUUACGUAAUAAUUACGUAGCCGAGUGUUCAAUGAACACUGUUCAUAUGCAGCUGGAUUCUCCUUGCGCCGCGGUUGUCUUUUCCAAGUGAAUUCUCCUUCAGAUCUUUCCCUGACCCCGUGACCUGACGUUUACCAAGGAGAAGUGAGGAUUAUCGACCAUGUCCGACACUGUGGCUCCGAUGCUCUCUGUGAUCCCCAGUCGGGCUCUGGUCGAUGAGAAUUUCAAGGUGGUGGUGGAGAAUCUGCCUCCGGGAUCUCCAGUGACACUUCACUCCCUCCACCAGUGUGAGGACAAGCACUACUGGGAGGCCUACGGCCACUACACCAGUAAUCACAGAGGAACCGUGUCUGUUACAGAUGAUUUAAGUUUCGGGGGAACGUACACAGGAAAAGAAGCCAUGGGUUUGUUGUGGAGUAUGCGUCCCGUCCCAGGCAGCCGCGAAGGCCUCAGGUUGAGGAAGAGGAACGUCUGCAGCCCCCUGCUGGUCAACCUCUCCGUCUACAGGGGACAUGUAGUGGAGGGCUUCAGGGAGCAGGCUCCUCUGGCCUCGUCGCUCACAGAGAGAUGGUACAUGGCUCCAGGGGUCCAGAGGAUCCAAAUCAGAGAGAAGGGAGUGCGAGGGACCCUGUUUCUACCUCCAGGUCCAGGUCCCUUCCCCGGCCUGUUGGAUAUGUGGGGGGGCGGUGGAGGGCUGGUGGAGUAUCGUUCAGCCUUGCUGGGGUCUCAUGGUUAUGCUUCUUUGGCGCUGGAGUAUUUCGCCCCUGGGGAGAUGAAGUCAGCAGACUUAGAGUUCAACUAUUUUGAGACAGCAUUUAAUAUUGUGAAAGACCAUCCUCAAGUGAUGCCAGACAAAGUUGGAAUUUUUGGUCUUUCCCUCGGCGCCAUUUUGACCAUUCUGUUGGCAGCGGAGAGCAGCGUUGUCAAGCCUUCUUGUUGUGUUUGUAUCAGCGGCAACCACCUUUUACCACGGGGGGUGACCAUCAAAGAAGCAUUGAACAUGAAAUCUCCCAAGAUACGCCUGGAUGAGAACAACUAUGAGAUAUGGCGAGAUAUGGGUCUACCGAUUCCUGAUGAUCCCACACACAAAAUAGACGUGGGGAGAAUAAACUGUCCAAUUAUGUUGGUAAACGGCCAAGAUGAUCAGAACUGGGCCGCAGUGGAGUUUGCUGACGAUAUAGCCCAGAUGAUGCGUGCAGCAGGGAACCUGCACCUGCUGACCAGACUUCACUACCCUGAUGCUGGACAUCUGAUUGAGCCGCCAUACACACCUCACUUCAGAGCUACUAAGUUUGUAAAGGACACAAAAGAGAAAGUGAUAUUGCUGUGGGGAGGACAGACCAAACCCCAUUCAGAUGCUCAAGAAGACUCCUGGAAGAAGAUCUUGGCUUUUCUGGAGCAGAAUCUGUACUCCAGCCCAACUCUCAAAGCCAAGAUGUGAAUGACUACACAAGCACAGAUCGCCAACGUAUCACUGCUGGAACCAGGCCAUGUUAGUACAUUAACACUACUGUUCAUUGGUUCCUCACUGUGUUGACCAUGUGCCUUUCUUCUGAUCAGCUGAGGUUGUUCGUAUUGUUCAAAUUGUGCCUCUUCAUUCUCAGCAAUACAUUUCAGUUAAAUUAUCUGCAAGCCUCAACAUUUGACAGUAAUAUAAAUCUAAGCUAUUGUAUGUUUGGAGAACAAUUUUUAUUAUAUAUUAAAAAUAUUACAAUAUAUUAUACUACCUGCCGACAGUAACCUAAUAUUCAGACUGAAUGGGCAUUAUUACCCUUUGCUUCUUCAGUCGGACUCUUGUUAGACUUUGUUUUGAGGGCCAAGAGACCCCCACUUGGUACAGUAGACAGUCAAACUGCAGCAUUCAAUGCAAAGUAAUCUACCAUGAAUGUACACUUGCACGUAUUUGAUUAGCCACCAUGAAGCAAUUAAGUUUCAGGUCUUUUUUGUCCAGCUGAACAAAAUAAACGUUUUUGGCCUUCAAGACUCA